CAAAUCGGCAUCCCGUUGGUGGUGGUGGUGGUCGUCCAGCUGAGUCGUCCUAGAGGAUUACAAUUACUUUGCUGUCCUAGUUAUAAUUAACUCAUUGAAAAGAAUUUCUGCUUUCGCCAAUAAUUUCUUCGGUUGCAUUUUACUCUCAUUUCUCAAAUUUGCCAUUUUUAAAACAAAAGUUCUGUCUAGCCUACUUUUCCUGAAUGGCAGGCCCUAGCCACAAGCGUUGGAGUUGAGCUCUUUAGUGGCUCUUAUUUGGCAGCACUGUGAAAAAAAAUUAAAGUGCUUUUCUUGAUUGUGCAGUUUUCCGCACAAAAGCAACGUCGGCGGAAAAGUGUCGAGUGAGAAAUUUCCGCACUCCUAGGAAAUAGGCCCAGGAUUCGCGUCCGAUGUAACGGCGGAGUGACAUUUUGCGUGCAACAAUAGAGGAAAAAGAAAGAAACUACUCUGGAUUUUAAUUAUGCUUUCGCCGGCCAGCUUGGAUGAAAUCAAGGAACGGAUUAGCAAAAAUGAAGAAAAAAUCAACGUGCUCCAGGCAAUCAACAACGUGCUGAAGGAGCGCCAUGAGAUCGAGUCCAACUACAAGAACCUGGCGCUCAAGUUCCACGACAUGCAGCAGGAGGAAGCCCACCGGAGGGCCAAGGUUUGUCGGUUUGACGAGGCCCGCAAGCGCCAGCUGGCCGAGCUGCAGGCCAAGGGAGAGGCGCUGUGCCGGGAGAAGGCCAAGCUGCAGCACCAGAUCGAGCACGUCACGUGGCAUCUGGAGGGAUGCCGCCGGAGACGGCCGUGCCUGGCGCGGCUGCCGGAGAACUGCCCGCUCAAGGGGGACGCCCCCAGCUGUAUUCCGCAUUCGCCCGAGAAGCUUAAGAUUAUGGCAAACAUGAAGAGUACGGCUGAUCACUUGGUGAGAGGAAUCAUGGAUUUGCGGAAAAAGAUCCACAUCGUUCAGGACAAGCUGGAGCAUGAAGUUGCGCGCAAAAAGGACAUGGAGAAGAAGCUGUCCGAGCUGCGGAAGCAGAUCUGCCAGCACAACAAGUGCAUGCAGCAGCAGAGCGUCCGGGAGCAUGCCCACCAUCACGCCCACCCACACCAACACAGCCACGGGGGUGGUGGUGGCGCUGGCCACGGUCACGGCCACUCCCACGGAACAACGCUGCCCCCGAUCAAGAACUGCGGCGUGCCGGCCAAAUAGCAUCGGGCGCGGUCGGAUCGGCGCCGAGGACACACCGGAGGAGGUCAGCCGCAGUGUGGGCACGAAAAGUUUGUCAAACUUCCACCGCGACCGUGCUCCAACGGAACGUCCUAGAGAGAGGGGUUUUGAGGAAGAUGGAUACGCCGCACCGCCGCUUGCUAUGCUUGUUGAGGUUAAGUUUGGUUUGCUUUUUGGUUGAGGUUAUGUUUUGUUUUUGUACAGGGAGGAAGGGAUUUUCGCCGGAUUACCGGUUGUUGUAAUCUGCAUCAAAUGCGAAUAGUCUAAGAGGUUAGAGCGAAUGCUGUUUAUUUUUGAAUAGUGGUUAUGAAUAUCUAUGAAAUUUGUAGAUUAGAAGUUUUUAAUAGACAUUUACCUGUAGAAAAUGUUGAUUUACCUAAGUAUGAUUAGUAACAUCAGUUAUUUGUAAGUUACCGUUAGCUAAUUUACUGCAAAUAUUUCACCACAACGAUCUAUCUGUAUCGUCUACACUAACCAAUUUAAAAUAAAUCCUUCUUCGUAUCGA